CUCCCGCUGCUUUGUAUCGCGACUGCCCAGCCCUGCUCGUUCAUUCAUCCUCUCGCCGCCGCCGCCGCCGCUUACAAGUUCUCUCCCCGUCGAAUCCACAGCGCCCCUCGUAUUCGUAAAACGGCGCCUCUUCGUGGGACCCUGGGGCAGCCUCAUCGGCCAGUCAUGCCUUCAAGUUGCUCAACAGCCAGCCUCGCCCUUCACUGUGAUCCAGCACAUCCUCAGUCGCCGCGCGCCCGGCCGUGAUGCCGCCCCGACGCUCGCACAAGAAGUCUCGCGCCGGGUGUCGCAGGUGCAAGCACCGCAAGAUCAAGGCAUCGCGGACAACAACGGAUGCGCUCGUCCACCGUCCCUUGAAGUCGCGCCGACGCUGACGACCCGAACGCAGUGCGAUGAAGUGCACCCGCGAUGCGGCAAUUGCGUCAAGCACGGCGUGUCGUGCGACUUUGACAGUCGCGCGCCGCCCGACGACCUGGCCGCCCUCACCCCGGCUGCCGAUGACAGGUCUGCCAUGUCGCCCUCGUCCACAUCCGCGACGCCUGCCGCCGCUCCCAAGCCGCUGUCGCCGCAGCAAUCUCCCAAAUUUGUCCCUGCCACGCCUGCGAUACCCCUGGCAGACGUCGCCGUCGUAUCCCCGUCGCCUCGGCACGUCGACAGGUUCCUCGAGCUCCGUCUGCUGCACCACUUCACUACCAAUACCGCCAGCACCCUCUUCACCACUCAGCAGCCCACCAACGAGGACGUCUGGCAACGCGCUGUCCCGCAGAUAGCCUUCCAGGGAAAGGAUUACCUCAUGGACGCUGUCCUGUCCGUCGCCGCCUUGCACCUUCGCACGCAAAACCCCAACGACAAGGCUCUCAUUCGGGCGUCGCAUGCCUACGCCGCGUCCACCCUUGCAGAGUACUGCUCUUCGCUCGAGCGCGGCAUCACGGCAGACAAUGCAGAAGCGCUCUUCCUCACGGCCACCCUCAUCGCCUUCCAAUCCACCGCUUCUCGUAUAUUCGCCAAGGACGACGGCGACGGCGACGCCACAGAACCAAACACCCGCUACACCCUGCCUAUGCCUUGGUUCCACGCCUUUCAAGGCGUAAAGACGAUUGUUGCGUCCUCUUGGCAGUGGAUCAGGAACAGCGAGGUUGUCAAGGCUGUCAUCGACUCCCAGCCCAGCUUCCAGCUCGACCUCAAUCCUCGCGGACCAAAGUCCUUUUUUGGCCAUCUUCUCGAUGGGCUGGACGAUGAACUCGCCACGGAAAAUCGAUUCCAAAUCACGGCAACUAGCCAGGCCUACUCGCACGCCGUCAGCGUCCUCAAUUGGGCCCACAAGAACAAGUACGCACCCGCGACGCUGGCCUUCCCCGCCAGCGUCUCCCGCCGCUUCGUCGAGCUCGUCGAGGAAAAGCGGCCCCGCGCCCUCGCCAUCCUGGCCUGCUUCUUUGCGCUCCUCAAGCGCAUGGACAACGUGUGGUGGCUCGGCGACGUCGCGCUCCGAGAAGUCAUGGGCCUCGUCAGCCUGUUCGAGUCGGGCUCCUCGUGGUGGCGGCACCUCGAAUGGCCUGUGCGGAUUGCUCACUGGGAGGGCAGCGCGAUCCCACCCGACGUAUGGGGAGCCGAGUGCGAGGAGCAGCCUCAAGCGGGCAAGGGCUUCGUCGAGACCAUGAUGAGCCACAUUGAGCUGCUGACCAAGUUGACCAACCCAGCGACGGCCGCCCAGACGAGCCCCUCGCUGUCUGUCGUGGGGGACUUUGGCCUUACCGCGGCACCGCUCGACUGAGGCCUGGGGUCGGUUGGAAGGAGACAUCAUCUUUACACGGUGAUGAACUCCAGAAAGUCUUUUAUUUUGGGAUAUUCGUGACCGGCGUUGUUGGCUACCCGUUUUGGGUUUGAAUUGAGACCUCAGCGAUUGGCGCCAGGAAAUGGGACAACCAUGAUGGAACUUCAAUGCGAUUUUCAUCUUACGAUUGGGGUGCCGAUGGUCGGUAUUCGUGCUCCGUGCGAUGAACAUGAGAUUGGCGGAAUAGCACUAAGAAGACAAAUGGGCUUGCAAAAGUUGCCGGACCACUUCAGGACCAAUGGCCCCGAGCACGGAAUAGGACAUCACGAGGAACUUGAGAGCUGGGUGGUGCCCCCAGCAAAGAGCUCGAGAGUACAUAUAUG